GCUCUUUACCCGCCCAUCAACACUAUGUUUUGAUUGCAGCGCAGAGGAGAAACAGAAAGAAGGGGGAGAGAGAGAAGAGGAGACAAGAAUGGAGAAAGAAAAUAAGGCGAAGCAGAGACGCCCAUUGCAGCCCUGCAACAGCAACAAUGAUAAUAUCGGCACCGGCAGUGGCAAUGGCAAGAGUAUUGAAGAAACAUACCAGAAAAAGAGUCAGCUGGAGCACAUCUUGCUCCGACCCGACACUUAUGUGGGGUCUAUCGAGAAGCACAGACAAACACUGUGGGUGUAUGAGAAUGGAGCCAUGGUGCGCAAAGAAAUUGAGUAUGUGCCAGGGCUGUACAAGAUCUUCGAUGAGAUUCUGGUAAACGCUGCCGAUAACAAGGAGAGGGACCCCAAAAUGAAUUCCGUCAAAGUGGAGAUCAGCGAGGAGGAUAGGAGGAUCAGCAUCUACAAUAAUGGCGAUGGUAUCCCUGUGGAGAUUCAUCAGCAAGAGGGCGUCUAUGUGCCCGAGCUUAUCUUUGGCCAUCUGCUUACCUCAAGCAAUUACGAUGACAAUGUCAAGAAGACCACUGGUGGAAGGAAUGGUUACGGUGCCAAGCUCACUAAUAUUUUCUCUACCGAAUUCAUCAUCGAGACUGCUGAUGGAAAGAGGCAGAAGAAGUAUAAGCAGGUUUUCACUAACAACAUGAGCAGCAAGUCAGAACCAACCAUAACCAAGUGCAAAGAGGGAGAAAAUUGGACAAAGGUCACUUUCAAACCUGAUUUGGCCAAGUUUAGCAUGACAGACCUAGAACCUGAUGUGGUUGCUUUGAUGAAGAAGAGAGUAGUUGAUCUUGCUGGAUGUCUUGGGAAGGGAGUUAAAGUUGAACUCAAUGGAAAAUGUUUGCCAGUAAAGAGCUUCGAAAAUUAUGUGGACCUCUACCUCUCUCGAGCUGAAGAUUCUGACUCCAAGCGAGAAAGGCAUUUUAUAGAAGUAAAUGAUAGAUGGAAGGUUUGUGUGACUGCAAGCGAUGGGCAGUUUCAACAGGUCAGCUUUGUAAAUGGGAUUGCCACUAUUAAAGGUGGAACACAUGUAGACUAUAUAGCAAAUCAAAUAGCUACCUAUCUGAUAAAUGUUGCAAAGAAGAAGAAUAAGAAUGCUGCUGCUACCCUGAAACCACAUGCUGUCAAGAAUCAUUUAUGGGUCUUUGUUAAUGCUAAAAUUGACAAUCCUGCUUUUGACUCCCAAACAAAGGACACCCUGACAACUCGUCAGAAUAGUUUUGGUUCUACGUGCGAGCUUACUGAUAAAUACUUAAAAUCAGUGGCAAAUUGUGUACUUGAAAGUAUAUUGGCGUGGGUAGACUUCAAACAAAAAAAAGAGCUCAAGAAAACUGAUGGAACUAAGAAAAAAGAUAGGCAUGACAUCCCAAAACUUGAAGAUGCAAAUAAAGCUGGUGGAAAGGAAUCUGAAAAAUGCACUUUGAUUUUAACAGAGGGUGACUCAGCCAAGGCACUUGCAUUGGCAGGAAUAACUGUUGUUGGUCGAGAUCACUAUGGUGUGUUCCCUCUCAGAGGCAAGCUGCUCAAUGUCAGGGAAGCAUCACAUAAACAGAUCGCAGAAAAUCAAGAGACUGAAAAUAUAAAAAAAAUCCUUGGUCUACAGCAUGAUAAAGUAUAUGACAACAUUAAAUCCUUAAGAUAUGGCCAUCUGAUGAUAAUGACAGAUCAGGAUCAUGAUGGUUCCCACAUCAAAGGGUUGCUGAUCAACUUCAUACACCAUAACUGGCCAUCUUUGCUUAAAAUUCCUUCAUUUCUUGUGGAAUUCAUCACUCCUAUUGUCAGGGCAACCCACAAGAAUGGAAAAGUAUUAUCCUUUUACACCCUUCCUGAGUAUGAAUCUUGGAGAGAGUCAGUAAGUCAAUCAAUAAAAGGCUGGACCAUAAAGUACUACAAGGGUUUGGGUACAAGUACUUCUAAAGAGGGCAAGGAGUAUUUCAGCAAUUUGGAAAAGCAUAAAAAGGAUUUUGUGUGGGUUGAUGAGCAAGAUGGGGAUGCAAUUGAGCUGGCUUUCAGCAAGAAGAAGAUAGAGGCAAGAAAAAACUGGUUGAGACAAUUUGAGCCGGGGACAUAUUUGGACCAGCGUGAAAAACUUAUCUCGUAUAAGGAUUUUGUGAACAAGGAGCUCAUCCUGUUUUCCAGAGCUGAUCUGCAAAGAUCUAUUCCAUCAGUGGUUGAUGGCUUGAAGCCAGGGCAAAGGAAGAUCCUGUUCUGUUGUUUCAAACGGAAUUUUGUCAAACAAGCAAAGGUUGCCCAGUUUUCUGGAUAUGUUUCGGAGCAUUCUGCAUAUCAUCAUGGUGAGCAGAGUCUUGCGAGCACAAUUAUUGGAAUGGCACAUGACUUUGUUGGAAGUAACAACAUCAACCUUUUGCUUCCAGUUGGACAAUUUGGGACUAGAAACUCGGGUGGCAAGGAUGCUGCAAGUGCUCGAUAUGUAUAUACAUGCUUGUCACCUAUAACACGCUUCUUGUUCCCAAAAGAAGACGAUGUUCUCAUGGACUACUUGGAAGAAGAUGGGCAAUCUAUUGAACCUGCAUGGUAUGUGCCAAUCAUCCCAAUGGUGCUUGUGAAUGGAAGUGAAGGAAUUGGAACUGGUUGGAGCACCUUUGUGCCAAAUUAUAAUCCAAGGGAUGUUGUUGCAAAUAUAAAAUGCUUGCUUAAUGACGAACCGAUGCAGCCAAUGGACCCUUGGUACAAGGGUUUUAAGGGUACAAUUGAACGAACAUCUACAAAGGAGAAUGGUGUGAGCUAUACAAUCAGUGGCAUUAUAGAGGAGAUUGACAAUACCACAUUGAGGAUUACUGAGUUACCUGUUCGCAAGUGGACGGAUGAUUAUAAGAGUUUUUUGAUAAGUUUGAUGGACAGUAAAGAUAAAGAUCCGUUCAUAAUGGAACUUGAUAAUCACAGUACAGAUACCAGGGUUCGUUUUGAGAUAGCACUGUCAGAAGAGAAGAUGACAAAUGCUCUUCAAGAGGGCCUAUCAAAGAGAUUUAAGCUAACCACUACUAUCAGUACCAGCAACAUGCAUCUCUUUGAUGCAAAGGGUGCCAUUCAAAGAUACGAGACUCCAGAGCAAAUAUUGGAGUAUUUCUAUCAUAUCCGAUUGGAAUUCUAUGUGAAGAGAAAGAAAGUUCUACUGGAUAACCUGCAGCUUGAGCUACUUAAGUUGGAUAAUAAGGUUAGGUUCAUUCUAGGAGUAGUAAAUGGAGAAAUUAUAGUGAACAAAAGGAAACGUGCAGAGCUGUUGCUUGAGUUAAAGAACAAGGGGUUUACUCCGUUUCCCAAGAAGACAAAAGCUAUUGAGGCAGCAAUUGCUGGAGCAUUGGCAGAUGGAGAGGAACCUAAUGAAGACGACAACACUGAGACUCUGGAGGGUGUUCGUGCUGGUGAUUAUGAGUAUCUUCUUUCCAUGCCAAUUGGAAGUUUGACACUAGAAAAAGUUCAGCAAUUAUGUUCCGAGAAAGACAAGCUUAAUGAAGAUGUCGAAGAGCUGAAAGGGAAAUCACCCAAAUCGUUAUGGCUGAAUGACCUUGAUGCUUUCAUUAGGGAGUUGGAUGCACUAGAAUUGCAAGAGGCCAAAGAAGAUGAGCAUGAACUGAAAAAUAUGAGUGAGAAUGCUGCUAAAAUUUUCAGAAAAGUAGGCAAAAACCCCAAAAAAAACACAAAAAAGACUUCUGCUUCUGAAAUUGCUGAUUCUCAAAAGGGCGAUUCUCAAUCAGCCACUGUUUCUGUUACGACAGUUUCUACAGAGAAUGCUAAAAAGUCAGAAACAGCAAAACCCAAGAGGGGAGGUGGGAAGAAGGGAGCCGUCAAAAAGCAAAUGGAAGUGGAGGAUGAGGAUGAUGAUGGUCUAGAUGUCAGCCUGCAAGAGAGAUUGGCAGCAUACAAUGGAGGGUUAUCUGCUGAACAUUCAGCUGUUGAGGAUCAGGGUAGCAGGCAGAGUUCACCAACUGAAGACUUAAACCCAAAGCAGAGAAAGCCUGAUCGACAAGUUAAAAAGACUGCUCCUCUUUAUGUUGAUAUGUCAGAUGAUGAUGUGGAUAAAUUGGAAACCAUUCCAGAAGCAGCAGGUGAAGAGGAGAAAGAAGAACAAAAAGAGAAAACUGGUGCAAAUGGCAAGAAGGCUGCUAAUAGGAGAGGAAGGAGGGUAGUGGUUGUUAGUGACAGUGAUUCUGAGUUUGCAAUUGACGAGGACGCAGAAUCUGAUUACGAGGAAGCUGUGCCUAAGAAGGGUGGGACGAAGCCUGCUCAAGAGAAAGCAGCAGUGCCUUCAAAAAUUAAUGCUACAAAAUCAAAUUCCACAACAGCCCCCGCAGAAAGAAAAAGAGGACCAAAAAUGGCAACACAAGGACAAAAGAAGAUCAAUGAAAUGCUGAAACCUACUGCACAUGAUGCUGCUGAUGUCGAGGCAUCCCCUUCCAAAAGUUCCCCUAAGAAAAAAGUUAGGAAAAUGAGACCGUCACCCUUCAACAAGAAAAGUGGAUCGGUGAUGUCACAACUUAGUCAGGAGACUAAGACAAGUCCUCCAAGUGGGGAAGGUUCUGCAGGAUCAUCCUUUAGUCCUGAAGAAGUCAACGAGUCUUCAAAACCAAUUGCACAGAGCAGACCCCAAAGAUCCGUUCGAGCUACUGUGCAAUAUGUCUUGAGUGACAGUGAUGAAAAUGAGGAUGCAACAGAGGAUUCUGAUUUUGAAGAAGAUGAGUGAAUUUGGAAAGGACAAUACAGUCUUUAACAAUGUAAAGUCUAAAAUACUUGAUGACCUAUAAUUCAUUUUGUAAUCUUCAGAAAAUGUGGAGUUUCCUAUGUAUGUGUUGUUUUCUUUCUUACUACAGGGUAUUCAUAUUCUUUAUUAUCCGUUGUGGUUCCCGUGUAGUUAUAUGCUUUAUUAACAGAAUGAAAUAUCCCAUCAUGGUACCAUGGAUGGCUCUGAUGGUACUAAUGUUUCCUUUGA